AUGUCCACGCCCCUCUCCGCCUACGAGAUCGAGCGGCUUAAAAACAUCGAGCGCAACCAGGCUGUCCUCGCUCAGCUCGGCCUCGAGGCGCUCGCGCCUCCAAAGCCCACCGUCGUCCGCAAGCCAAAGGUGCAGCGCCCGCCGACAGAGCCGAGCCGGAAGAGCGGCCGCAUCGCUGCGUUGCCCGCCCCCUCGGUCUUCAUAGACGCUGAGCAUUCCAACGGCAAGGUCGUGCUGGGUGGUGUGGACGCAAAGGCCGCAAAGGCGGCCGCCGAGAAAACGGAGGAGGAGGCUGCGUCGGCCGCGGCUCCGCUGGACGAGGACCCGGCCCCGGCAUCGGAGGCGGAGCUCUUCCCAAACGAGGCGCUCGUGUACGGCCUCUUGCGCGACGAGAAGAACAGGAUCGCCCGCGAGAACGAUUGCGCCGCCUACCACGUCGCGCAGAACCGCGCUCUCAUGGCGAUGGUGCGGUGCGUGCCUCGCUCAGUCGAGGCGCUGCUCAGCUGCUGGGGUUGGGGCGAGGCAAAGGCGAGAUCUCACGGCGCGCGCCUCCUCGCGACGCUGGAGCCGCACGCCGCGGCUCUUCGGGAGGCCAGGCGCGGGAGGGCGGCGGACAGGCAGGAGGCUGCGGGGGCGACGGAGGCUGCAGGGGAGGCUGCAGGGGCCGAGGGCGAGGAGGAGGUGCUCGAGGUUGAGGACGACCUCCCCAAGACGCGCGACGAUCUGCGGCCGCAAGAGCUGCCGGCCUACGAGGCGAUGCUCGCGUGGAAGCGCGCCCGCGCAAAGGAGCUCGGAUACAACGACCCAUGCAUCAUCUGCCACGCACUGGCGCGGCAAUGGGGAACCCUCGUUUCCUAUGAACUCGGUACGGGCAAGACUUAUCUAAUGCAGAAGGAGGUUCUCGAGCUGAAGGGCAAGGCACCGGCGGACAUCAAAGAGGUACUUGACCGGUGGCGGCUCUGCCGCUCGACGAAACUAGUAGGCAGAGGUGUCAGCUCGCAGGUCACGUUUCACAUCAACGGCCUCAACACCGUUGCGGUGCCGGGACUCUAUGCCUGCGAUGACAAUCCGCAGUGGCGCCGGUGGCGCAACACGGUCCCGCCCACCGGAGGGACGGACCUCCUCCUUCCGCAGUGCUGUGAGUUCCUGGCCGCGCUGCUGCGUGGCGAUCCGUGUGUGCUCAAGGAGCACGGCAUAGAAGAGCCACCGAGCCUGGUCAUCAUGGAGGCGUGCACCGUGGCCAAAGUUGUCAAGAUGGACGUGCUCGCCGCCCUGCUCGAGUCGCCGCGAUUUGAGGUGCUGCAGCUCACCAAGCCGCGUGCGGAGGCAAUUGCGGCGUUUGAAGCACGUGGACGUGAGCAUGACAGUGGAGCUGUCAAGAAUGUGCCUGCUGCGACGGUCCAUGACAGGUAUUCCGGAGAGGUUGACCGCAUCAAGGAGGCGCUCGAGGCGCGCGCCGCAGCCACAGGGAAGGUGCUCAAGGAGGGGUGGUGGCGCUGCAUGCCGCAAGCAGAGGCGAUGGAGGUGGUGAGAGCACGCCUCACACAGGCGGCCUGA